AUGACCUCAAGACGUCAGGAUUAUAUUUUUCGUGUAAGAUAUCAAAAUAAGCUUCCAUUACCUCCGUUCUUUCCAAAAAUGCUUAACAUACCUAUUCCCCUGAAUAACUACACAAAAACAUCAUAUCUAUCAAGCCUUAUCCAAGAACAACCUAUUGAUAUAGAGUUGGAUUCAGAAUUAGGAAUACCUUUGGAUUUAAGUAUGAUUUCGAAUGUUUUUGAAGGAAUAUAUGAUAAUAUGCAUGGAAAUCCAAAAAAUGUGGAAUUAGAUCCCAAAGAUCUUGUAUUAUUAAAAGAAAUUUCUUCUAUACCUCAACGAAAUUCUACAGGUGUAUCCUUUCUACGACGGACAGAAUAUAUUUCAUCAGAAAGUGUAAAAACAGCGAUCAAGCCGAAGACUUUCGAUUCACGGUUUAUAAAAUCAAUAGAUUCAACGAACGAAAAACUUGAAGAUCCAAAAAAACAAGUUAUAGCAAUUGAAACAACGUUUAAAGAGGCAUCUAAGGAUUGGUUAUCUUUUAAACACCCACAUAAAAAGAAUUUGACUGUAGUUGAUUCAUUUCCUAUAUUUCCUGAUAUAAAUAUUUCGGAUCAACAAUUUUUAUUAAUGAAAUUCACAACAGAUCCUGAACAAAAUAAUUUUUCAUCAGAAAUGUCAAACGAUUGCCGCUCAGAUUUGGCAUUAUUCAUGCCAGUCUCUGGAAGGGGAGAAGAAUGGUUGGCAUAUUAUUUGCCUGAACAGAAAUCGUAUAAUGAAUUAAAAAAAACGCUCAAAGAUCAGAAUUCUGAAAAGAACGAGACGCCUUUUAUAUAUAAUCAUGUUCAUGAUUAUGAUACAACCAUGCAUAUUAAUUCAACACCUCUAGAUGAAAUUGCACUUGUCUUUCGUAAUGAUCCAAAAACUAAACUGAAAUCUGCAUUCUAUUCACCUAUUUAUGCGAAAUCCACUUUAAAAAGGAGACGAUUAAAAAUUCCAAAUGGAAUGGUUAAAAACUUGAAUGUUUCAAAUAUAGAAUUAAAACUUCGACCUUUAAAUGAAGAGGAAAGUAGAGAAAAGAAAAAGCACUGUUCUAUGCUUGAUAUACACAAUUGUUUUAAUGCUAAUGAAUUAAAAGAAGAAAAAGAUAUAAACAUAACAUAAUGUGCUGAAUUAAAAACACAAACUAAACCAUUUAUCUCGAUUAUUAUAUACGUAUAUUAGAUAAAAAACAAAUAUUUAAUAAAAUCCAGCAGGA